GCUAGUAAGUGUUGUUCUCUACAUAGUUCUAUGUUCAGUGGUUUUGUUCUUCUGGAAUACUGUGAUACGCAAACAUCGAUUGAGAAUAUGCGUUACUCAAAGUGCUCGAUAUAAGAUUUUGUUCAAUUAUUAUCUCAGAAUAUUCUAGUUUUAUAAAUAAAUUUGAAGUAACAAUUCAAAAGGAUCCUAACAAGAAACCAAAUAUGGAUGUGAAAGUGAAUGUUGCUGGAUUGGUUUCCAGUCAUUUGGAUCAAAAGCAUAGCACAAAAUGGAUUACUGGUGUAGAGGAGCGAGUCAUCAUGCUACUGCCCUAUCUACUCAUGUUCUUUGGUGGUUUUGUGACUUGGUACAUGAGGAGAAUGCAACGGAUUUCGGCAAUGAUAUCCAAGAUACCAGGCCCUCCGACAUUGCCUCUCAUAGGAAACGCUCAUUCCUUCUUUGGUCUCGACAUGGAAGGUUACAACAAUAUUCAGCUGGAGUUGAUGAAAACGUACGGGUCCACUGUGAGAGUUUGGCUCGGUCCCUUCCUCUGGGUGAAUCUUGCAGAGCCGAAGCACAUUGAGGCCAUCCUCAGUAGUGAAUAUGGAACCAACAAAGAUCCUACUUACAGGUUUUUCAAAGCUCACUCUGAUGGAAUAUUCGUAGCAUCAGGUGACAGAUGGCGUAAACUAAGGAAAAUGGUGAACCCAACCUUCCACCAGAAACUUCUGGAAAACUUCUUGACAACUUUCAACGAGCAGAGUGAUGUACUUGUUCAGCGAUUGGAAGAACAGGUUGGCAAACCCACCUUUGACAUUGGUGAUUAUACGGCAAAAUGCACACUGGAUUUCCUCUGUGGUACUCUAAUGGGUGUCAAAUCCAAGGAACAGAUUGAGAAUCGUUGUGAUUUCGCCAAGAAUGUGGUUGGAUCGGUAACAAUAAUCAAGAAGAGAUUCUACACGCUCCAUUACCAGUCGGACUGGAUUUUCCGUUUCACCAACUGGUCAAAGCAACUGAAUGCCUUCGUCAAACCACUGCAUGACUUUGCCAAGCAGGUAAUUCUUGAGAGGAUCAGUAUCAAACAGGCUGAGGAUCCAAAGGAUGGACUGAGUAAGUCAAGGAUUUUAUCGGUUUUGAUAGAAAUCAAUACCAUUAGUUGUUAAUUUUUACAUUGAGUGAAUUUUCUCUACGAAAAGCA